AGAAAACCAUCACCACCAUUGCCACCACCCCCACACCGCUCAAUCGUUUGAGGUAUUAGCAAGCACAAAGCCUUCACCACCUAUGCCCCCACCACCACCCCCUCCCUAUGUGUUUGACGAAGAGGCAAACAAGCCAGGACCGCCCAUGCCUCCACCGCCUCCACCACCAAUGUGUCAAGAAGGAUUUGUCUUCAAUGAGACAACCGGAGAAUGCGACCCUGUGAACGUGUGUGACACUUGUGUUAUCAACGAAGAAUGCGUCAAUGUUAACGGCACUUUCGCUUGCAAAUGUGUCAGCGGGUUUGCCAAAAACAUCUCUGGAGUCUGCGCAGACGUUAACGAAUGUGCAGCCCAAAUUUCUCCUUGCAAACACAACGAAAACUGCAACAACACAGUUGGUAACUUUACUUGCAAAUGCAAAUCUGGCUUUGAACGAUUGGAAGCGGGUUGUAUAGAUAUCAACGAAUGUGGUCUUAACAAAACUCGCUGUAGUCUGAAUGAAAGGUGCAACAAUUUGAACGGCAGUUCUGAAUGUAUCUGUAUGAAAGGAUUCGCCAAGAACUUGACACAUAACAUCUGUCAAGAUGUCAACGAAUGCACCGAUGGGUCCAAUACCUGCGUAGCUAACGAAGAUUGCGUCAAUACAGACGGUGGAUUCGUUUGCUUGUGUAAGACCGGUUAUACAGGAACGGGAGGCAAUUGCACCAAUUUGGAUGAAUGCAAAUCCAACCCAUGUCAUGCCCAAGCGAUAUGUACGGAUACCAUUGGUAGCCAUACAUGCGCGUGUAAGCCUGGAUACACUGGCGAUGGAUUCCAAUGCACAGAUAUAGACGAAUGUAAAACAGGCAGAGACAACUGCAGCGCAAUAGAAAAAUGUUCAAAUACUAACGGCAGUUUCGUUUGCACUUGCAUACCUGGUUACAACAGAACAGGAGUCAACUGCGAAAAUAUUAACGAAUGUUUUGCAUCGCCGUGCCAUGGAUCUGCAAACUGCACCGAUACUGUUGGUAGUUACCAAUGCGCUUGUGACCAAGGCUAUUCCGGUGAUGGCUUCAACUGCUCAGAUAUAAACGAAUGUGAAAGGAAUCCAUGUAACCUUGUGACAGAAGAAUGCAUAAACACUGUUGGAAGUUUUAUAUGCAAAUGUGCUAGUGGUUACAACUCAGUUAGUGGAGUGUGCACUGAUAUUGAUGAAUGCACGAAUGGCUUAAACAACUGCCACAGUAAUGCUACAUGUGUUAACACACCCGGUUCAUUCUCAUGUUCUUGUAAUUGUGGAUAUUCUGAUUUUGGAGCUAUACCUGGCACAGACUGUGUGUUUGAUGCAUGCAAGUACACCCACCAUCCUUGUGAUCAAAAUUGCAUCACUUCACGUGAUGGUUUCUCAUGUGGUUGUGAUGCAGGUUUCACCCUUCAAGCUGAUAACACUACUUGUCUAUCCACACAGCCGUGUUCUUCUUUCAGUUGUAUAAGCGGCUCAUGCUAUAUUGAUGCUGCUGGGAAUGGACAAUGUAGAUGUAACAAAGGGUUUGAACCUUUCUUGGGCUUCACCACAUUUUGUACGACUAUCAAUGAGUGCGCUGGCCCACACUUCUGCGAGCAUAACUGCCUUAAUCCUGCCGGUGCCACUACACACACAUGCUCAUGUAACUCCGGCUAUGCACCUGCUGCUCAUGCCCCAGAUUUCUGCUGUGACAAAGCAGUGAGUGUAUGUAACACUGGUGUUUCCAAGUGUGGCAAUGGAACUUGUGUGGACGACUUUACAACAAGCAAGCUUUACAGAUGCGAAUGCAAUGAAGGGUGGAGAGGCACAGAAUGCACAGAAGAUGUUGAUGAGUGCUUGGCCCAUGGCCAGACAGUUAUCAUACCUGGUUGCGUGCCAUCAAUUCUCAGUCCUUCUGCUUGUGUGACCACAAACCUUAUGUGUAUGAAUGGUGGCAGUUGUAGGAACACACAGGGUAGUUUUGAAUGCGACUGCAAGCCAGGUUAUACUGGUCCAAAGUGUGAUAAUGACGUCAAUGAAUGCACCAAUGGCCAAGCCUCCUGCAGUAUAAAUGCAACAUGUACAAACACUAAUGGUAGUUUCACUUGCACGUGUAAUACUGGAUUCGUAGUACCAUCUGGAGGACCCAUUGAUGGCUCAGUUUGCAUUGAGCAAUUAGUGCAACCGUUUGGUAUCGCUGUUGGUGAUUCCCCCUUGGAACAAAGCUCAUAUUCCAACAUAGUAACAAGUGAAGUUGGAUUUGUGAUUGGAAACAAAACAUACUACAGGAUAUAUGGGACAAUCAAUGGUGUAUUAGUACUACAGCCAUCCUCUGGUUCAAGAACACAGUCAGCGUACGCUAACUCCAUCUCUGCAGACCUGUCCACUUCAUCUACAACAGGAGAUGGCCUUAUAGCUGGGUUCUGGUCACGUUUACAACCGAAGGACUACCCUAUUUAUUACCAGCAUAUUAUAAUGGGCAAAACCAAUGCUGCUGGUGAUCGACUUCUUGCAAUGGUAAACAAUGCUAUAAGAAGCCAAGUGAACGUAACAGAACAACCUAUCUUAAACUUCGAAGCCAAAGAAGUGUUCAAACUAACAUACAGCGUCGUUCCUUACCACCCAAUCUUCUUUGCAACAACAGGAGAAGGCCUUACAUUUCAAAUCCUAUACGCCACUGAUGGGAUACGUUCUUUUGCACUGACAUCUUACAGUGACAUGCUCGCCCGUAACUUUAUGAACUACCGGGGCAAAGUGGGAUACACAAACCCUCAAAAGAGUUUCACCCAUUCUGUAACAACGAGCAGUAACCCCAACCGUCCAGAUCUCUUUGUGGGACCAAAUACAGGUAAGAAAGGAGUCUUCAUAAUGCGAACAGAUGAUGCUACAAGUGAUAUGACACAAACUCCUGAAGCUGCUUGCCAAGCUUGGUAUGACAACCAACCAAAUGCUACAACAUGGGUGGAAAAAACUGCAUGCCCACCAACUUUAUUCAACGCUUUUUAUGACAAAUCCUUUGUUACCACACCAAUAUGGCCACCCCACGCUGGAGUGGGACCAGCACCCUUGAAAGGAGUCGUUACUUCUGAUGUGUUAAUGUCUCUUCGACAAUGGACAGGUCCCCGAUGUUUCCAAUCUAAUGUCCGUAAAACCAACACUUCUGGCCUUACAUGCUGUUAUAAGGGGAAUGCUGCCUUUAUAUCCAAUGGUUAUCCAAAUGGAGGCUACUAUGGACGGUCUGUUAUCUUUUCCAACACUGCUGAAGACGCUGAUAAAAGAUUAGCAAACGACGCCCAGCCUGGUAUAGACUGUUGUAUUAGAUCCACCAAUCCAAAGUACUGCGCCAUGUAUAAUGAAAAGAGGCCUUCUACAUCGUCGGUCGGUUAUGUCCUCUUUGUAUACGCAACCACCGUUGGCGAUCCGCAUUUACAAUCAUUUGACGGGAAUGCCUAUUCAUUCUCUGGCGUUGGGGAAUAUCAACUUAUAUCGGCGAAUAACGGUCUCUCUGUGCAGGUGCGUAUGACGCGCAACAAAGACGUGAACGGAAGACCAGUGAACGCGUCAGUGGUUACCAGUGUUGCCGUAAUCGAUUCCAUUUCUUCGCCACAUGUGUUCCAAUUCACUGUAGCCAAUGGUAGCAGUAUGGAUUUGGUCAACAUGACUGUUCAAAUCAAUGGAACACGUAUUACAACGUCACAGAUAGCAACACUAAACGCAAACGGUAUACUAAAGUAUAAUGAAGCGUACAUAUCUUUGAACGACGGUAAACUACAAGUCGACUUACGUGGUUCUAACGACCGUUUGCUGGUUGUUUUGAAAUCCAACGGACAACAAAUAACGUUAGAGAAUGGCAUCAGUCAGACUCUCUCUGGGAGAUUAAGUGGCUUAUACGGCAAUUUUGACCAAAACAAACGAAACGACUUUAAAUACCGAAACGGGACCGUUCUUAACUAUGACGACAUAAUAUACACAAGUAUUACAUCACCAACAAACACAGAACAGCAGAGGUGGAACAAAUACAUUGCAAAUGGAACGAUACUAAGCCCUCCUAUUAAUGAAUUCGGCAACUCAUGGCGUGUCAGUGCAUCGCAGUCUAUUUUCACGUAUGCGACCAACGAGACAUGGGCUGACACCAAUGAUCUAAACUUUACUCCUACCUACUUACAACAACUGUUGUCUGAAGCUACAGAUGCUCAACUUACUGCUGCAGAAGCUGCUUGUACUAUGGACGGUAGUAUAUCAUCUCCGUGCAUGCACGAUGUAUUGAUAAGUGGAGAUACUUCUCGUGGACAAACUGUGUUAGCGAACGUAAUUGGACAACCUGUCAUCAAUCUCCCCCCCACCUUCACCAUGACAACACUCACCAUUCAAGCCACAGUGGGUCAACUGACCACUAUUCAAUUCCAAGCCACAGAUCCAGAGAGUGAAACAAUUACUUUUAGUUUGGAUGGACUUAUUAAAUCAGAUACUGGUGCUACCAUCAACCCUUCAACUGGUUUAUUUACUUGGACACCAACCAACACAACUGUCACCAGCUUGUCAAUCAAUGUGAUUGACAGCUCAGGCUUUGCUAGCUCACUUGAUGUUAACAUUAAGUUAUGUGGGUGCCAGAAUGGAGGAACUUGCAACAAUAAUGAUCCUGCUAUUUCUGAUACUGCUAACAGAUUUGAGUUGAAAUCGUGCACCUGUUCAUCUGGGUACAGUGGAGUUUUAUGCUCUGAAGAUGAAGACAGUUGCGCUACAAACAACCCAUGCGACUCUAGAGUAACAUGCACUGAUCUACCCCCACCAGCUACUGGUCCUACUGGUGUGUCUUGUGGACCAUGCCCUACAGGCUUUACUGGGGAUGGACAGUUCUGUAUCAGAGACGUGUGUGCCAGCAACCCAUGCCAGCAGAAAUGUGACUUUGCUAGUCCAACAACUCACGCCUGUUCGUGCAACACUGGAUAUGUACUGAACACAACAGAUAAUAUGAGUUGUAUUGACAUAAAUGAAUGUGACAGCAAUCCAUGCGUCGCAAAUCUACAAACAUGCGUUAACACUCCCGGCUCAUUCAGGUGCGAUUGCCUCUCUGGUCUCGUGCCCAACAAUGUGACAGGCUGUACUGACUUCAACGAAUGCACGCAAGGCACCCAUAACUGUUCCACCAACAGCACAAACUGUUUCAACCAGUUAAGAACCUUCCGGUGCGAAUGCAAACCCGGUUUCACUGCCCUUAGUUCAAGUAUAACAUCAUGCGAGGAUAUAGAUGAAUGCACAACAGGUACACACACGUGCGUUGGACCGAGGUUUACCUGCAAGAACAACUUUGGAAGUUACAAUUGUGAAUGCGGCAUUGGCUUCACACAAAACACAAGCGAUCCAUCUCACUGCGUAGAUAUCAAUGAAUGCUUAACUAACCCAUGCCCUGCUAAGAACGGUGUGUGUAAUAAUGUCGAUGGAACUUAUAACUGUAUGUGUCAAACUGGCUACACGUACAAUAGUGCAGCAAACACAUGCGAUGAUAUAAAUGAAUGUUCUGCUAAUGCUGGGAAAGGAAACUGCAGCCACACUUGCUCUAACACUAAUGGUUCAUUUGUAUGUACAUGCCCAUCUGGUUACCAAAUCGGCACAGAUUCACUUACAUGCAUUGAUGUGAAUGAAUGCAACGUGGGCACACCUUGUCAACAAAUGUGCAACAAUACAAUCGGUGGUUACUCGUGUACAUGUUUUGAUGGUUUCUUUAUGAGUGGCGCGACAUGUGUAGCAAACACAACAUGUUCCACCAUCGAUGCAGCAAAAUGCGUUAAUUCUGAUUGCUUUGUAAAUGCAAGUCCACCAGUUUGCAUGUGUAGAGCAGGUUAUGAGAUACAUAACUCCACUUAUUGCUCUGAUAUCAAUGAAUGCGGUGGGUCCAACUCUUGUCAUGGAAAUGCUUUGUGUACUAAUGUACCUGGAUCAUUUAGGUGUUCAUGCAACGCUCACUUUUUGGACAUGUCAGGUGUUGGAACUACUGGUAUAAUAUGCCAAGAGUUGGCCGGUAUAACUGGUGCAAACGUAGCAGCUUCUGACAUCAAGUUAAGCACUGUUCGUGUUAGAUGGGGAUCUGGUUCUACAGGAGACAAUUUUACCAUCUAUCUAUUGGAAGAAGGCAGUACAUCUCGUGUACAAGAACAAGUCCUUGCUAUUGGCAUUCAGGAAUAUACAUUCAAUGGUUUGAUGCCUAAUACUUCAUACUCAUUCAACAUCUACAGAAGGCUUGGCAAUGUAGUGAGCACAACAGCUACAAUCAAUUUCAUAACACUGCCGAAUUUGGCAGUGCCGGUACUAAAUGCAGUCUCUCCCAGUGACAUUACUUCAACAUCUAUAAAGGUCACAUGGUCAAGUGUACGAGAACCAAUUGAUGAUUACACGUUCAGUGUACAACCUGCAGGGGGUAGUAUAUCUACAGAGUCAAUACCUGCCAAUAUAACAGAGAAACUUUUAUCAAGCCUGCAACCUGCUACUCAAUAUACAAUCUCUAUUCUGACUCGGUUUGGAGUAAACGUCAGUUCAGCAAGUACAUUACAACAAUAUACAGCUCCUAACCCCCCUGAAAGCGUGAGCAUUUCCACCACAAGUACAUAUGGUGAACUAAUGUUAACAUGGAGCGCUCCUACGCUUGGUACAACGGAUAAUUAUGUGGUUACAUUCAACCCAACUGGACCUACAUUCACUAGAACCACAGGAGCCACCAGUGGAAUAAUAACCAACUUGUCACCUGGAACAACGUAUUCAGUUACAAUAUCUUCACAGUUUAUGAGCAUUAGUAGCACAACAGUAUCUGCAUCAGCUUUGGUGCCAAUCACCACCACUCAAGCUCCAACCACUCAAGCUGCAACAACAGAAGCUGUUACCACACAAACUGUUACAACACAAGAGGUUACCACACAAGCACAACCUGUUACUACAUCAGUUGUUCCGACCACUCAGGCCAACAUUGUAACAACCAAAGCUGAUUCUACAACAUUAGAAGCAGCAGUUCCUACUACUGACAAAGUAACUACAAUACCACAGACCACAGAAGCACUAGUUGCUACAAUAGCAACAACAGAAACAGCAACAACUGCAGUGGGAGAUACUACAACAACAAAAGAAGGAACAACUGUACAAGAAAUAGCUACAACAGAAUCAGCAACAACAGAAUCACCUACAACACAAUCUGUCACAUCAGAAUCACCUACAACACAAACAACACAAUCCACCACAACACAAACAACAACAACAGGGUCUACUACAACACAAUCACCUACAACAGAAUUAUCUACAGUACAAACAACAACAAUAGAAUCAUCUACAACACAACUCACAACAACAGAAUCACCUACAACAGAAUCCACUACAACACAAUCCACUGUAACACAAACAACAACAACAACACAAGGACCAGUGAAAACAAUUGAAGCGACCACAACUGUUCCAACAUCAACAACUGCCACACCAGUUGCUCCAUGUCCUGUCUUCCAAUCUUUUGUUAACAGUCAAUGUUUAAAUUCACAAGUGUUUAACAUCACACUACGAUUCACAACCACUUUCACAACUGAUCUCACUGAUACAUCCAGUACAGCUUAUACGAACUUUGUAGCCAUGUUCACCACUGUUGCCACUGCUUUAUUCAAGAACACUGGUACAGUGUUGGUGUCAUUCACUGACUUGACCCUUACAAGUGGGAGCGUUAUCGCAACUUCAGCAGCAACUGUGGCGAACGUAACAGACUCCACAUCCACACAGACCGCAAUCCAAGCUUUAGUCACUUCUAACUCGCUCCCUGAGUUACAGAACACAUCAUUGUCGAGUUUUACAAUGACAAAUUUCGAUGAGUGCACCAGCAGUGUAUCAACAUGCGCCAUUAACGCACAAUGCACAGACAUUACCCAACACCCUGGUUAUACUUGCCAAUGUAACCCUGGACUUACAGACAAGAACUUGACCAACCCUGGAAGAAUAUGUGUAUCUGAAUGUUUAACAAAUGGCAUCCCUUACUGUUUGAAUGGGGGAAGCUGCAUAGCUACAUUGAAUGGAGCACCUAGAUGUACUUGUACACAGUGGUAUCAAGGCUUACGGUGCCAAGAUCAAAAUACCGAUCUUAUUGCAGCCGUCGCAGUCGGGGCUACGGCCGCGAUUCUCUUGGUGAUGGUGAUUAUAUUAGGGAUUAUAAUACUUCGAAGAGGGCGCGUGAAGAAAUCGAUAAACUUACAGUAUAGUGACCGGACAAGGAUCUCAAGAGGAAAAUACAAAAAUUCUUUUGAGGAGGAAACAAGAAACACAAUCGUAAAUGACUAUGAUGAUGUUUAAUCUACCAACACUAACACCCCUUUUGCUGUCUAGCUCAUUCAUAUAACAUUUAAUUUUAACAUAUAUCAGUUCGUUUUGGUAAUGUAACAAAAUGAAGUCUCAGUUUAAAUUUUCUAUAUUCAAAAGUGUAGCUGCCUCUGCUUGAAAUGUAAUAUUUUAAGUUAGAUGUAAAUCUUGUAGUUGCUCUAUCGCUUCUUUCUUCUGUAGUAAAACAAUAAAAACAAUUUCUAUCGAA